AUGUUCGCGGUGAAAGUAGCUGUGGUUGCUGUUUUGGCGAUCGUCUGCGUCUCGGCAGAAACAUCUUGCUAUGCAGAUAUUGCCAAUCCAAACCUAUACUUUGCCACCAAGACGUCGUACAAAUUCAUCAAAAACACCAACACCGAUGAAAUCACUCUACCCGGUUGCGAGGCCGUUCAAAUGUGGCUCUUUUCCCGCCACGGUACCCGCUAUCCUCGUAACGAUCCCGAACCCGGAGGCGAAGACUUUCGGCAAACAGCUGACGGCAACAUUCAAUCACGUGAAAUGGAACUCGAUGCUCUGACGCAACAGAUGCCCAUCCUCCGUGACGCUGUCGUUCAAAAUCACGAAAGCGGACGAGGCGAAUUGUGCGCUGAAGAUGUGCAAAAUCUUCGAGGUUGGACCAUCGACAUCCCACCGGAAUUGGAAGAGAAAUUGGCACCCGCCGGCGAAGAAGAAAUGCACGAUAUUGGCGAUCGUUACACUGCCCGUUUGCCCGGCUUGCUGGACCAUUCCUAUAAAGACGGUGAUUACACGUUCCGUUUCACGACGGCCAGUCGAGCUGAAAAGAGUUGCCAUCAUUUCGCCAAAGGUGUGUGGGGUAAUAGCGAAGAAGACACUAUCGUUUAUCCUGAACCAAUUGAAAACGAUCCACUUAUCAGGUUUUACAAAGUGUGCACCAAAUGGACGAACGAAGUAGACAACAACACAGCGUCUCGCGUCGAAUGGCAGAAAUUCAUCGACGGGCCGGAAGUUGCCGCCACAGUGGCCGCCGUUUCUAAGCGUCUCGGUUUCGUUGUUCCGCUCUCUUACGAUCAAGUGUCGUUGACUUACACAAUGUGCCGUUACGAUAAAGCCCUUUAUUAUGGCCAGCUAUCGCCGUGGUGCGCUGCUUUCUCCAAUUCCGAUUUGCUCGUUCUCGAGUACGUGGAUGAUCUUCUUUACUAUUACAAGGACGGCUAUGGUUUUGAAAUUAACUGGAUGCAAGCCUGUAAUCCCGUCGUCGAUGUUGCCAACUAUUUCAAUUCAAUUGUGACUGGAGCUACCAACAAACCGUACGGCAUCUUUUAUUUCUCGCAUUCGGGAGCCAUGGCUAAACUUCUAGCUCGUUGGGGACUGUAUAAUGACACGAUAGUGCCUACGGCGUCCAACUUUGCAUUCCAAUCGGGACGUCAAUGGAGCACGUCGCGUAUGCAAAACUUUGGCGUCAACAUGGUCUUUGUUUUGUUCCGCUGCGAACUCAAUACUUACAAAGUGCAGUUGUACGUCAACGAGCGGUUGACUCACCUGCCCGGCUGCGCCCAAGACACCUGCCUCUUUUCCGAAUUCGCUGCCAUCGUCAAGCCAAUUAUAGAAACGUGUGAUUUGGACGCCAUCUGCGAAAAUCCACCUGCUUAUUUUUAAUUGAAUUGACCAAUUAAAAAUGAAUCAAAUCAAAAUUAUGCACUAUUGGAAUAAAAUACAUUUUGUUUUAUCUCAUA